GCAAUUAUUUUCUUUUGUCAUUAAAGAGGUCCUUCAGUCAUAUUUUUACACAUUAGCAGUGGUCUCUAGUAGUGGUCUGGGGGAAAAAAAACUCUGGUGCGCCUGUUGGAGGAUGUAGACUUCAGCUGGAGGAGAAAGUAGGAUUUGGAGUCUUACUUCCUGAUAUCUGGACAUCUCUCCUCUGAUUGGCUAACAGCAACAGGACUCUACCACUGACUUUGUCUGCUCUGCAGCCUGGAGGAGUUCUGCUGUGUGGUGGAGUUGCUAACCGCCACCAGCAAGGUGGGUUUCGCGUCUUGCUGAAGGACACAACGGCUGCGACACACCGCGCUGGGCUCGAACCUGCAACCCUCCAGGCAUGGGGAGGUCACUUCUCUACACGUUAGAAAGAGAGGAACAGUAGCUCACAGAAAACGUUUUUCUGAUACUUUUAGUCUGAUUAAUAUUCAUUCUGAAAUUAAAUGUGUGAAUUUGGGAUUUGUUGGACUAGAUUAAAAUUCUAGAAUUUAAAGAGCAAGUCACCCCCUACCAGAGUAUUACUCCUCUCCCACUUCCUGUUUGAAAAAUACAACAAAUGCUGUUGCCUAGCAGACCGAGAGGGCGGAGCCGCUAACAAAUGUGCACACACACACACAGGCUCACAUUGACAUUGUGACAUCAUAUGGUACCAGCUAACGUUUAGGGUACCUCUUAGCCAACAGCGAUGGCAGAUUUAAAUUCAAAUGCAGUGCAGAGUUUUUACCUGACAACAGCAGAACACUGACAGUUUUAGGCAGAAAAUUUAAAUUUGAACUAAAAUGCACUAAAGUGCAAAACUAUUGACUACACGUGUCUGCAGCACGAUUAGACACGCAUUUAUAUAGUUUAUCAGAAAAAAAAGUUGAUUUGAGGGUGACUUGCUCUUUAAUCAGGAAGAGGAUCGACGUUUUCCUCCUCGGUUAAAUGAAAUAUGCAGCUUUUCCCCUUCACUAAGUAACCUAAAGUAGUGUGAAAGCAGCUGCUUCUGCUGCAGGACAAAUCUCCGGAGAAGGGAAGUGAGCGGAAACGGAAAUCCUCUGGUUUUUCCUGUUAGAAAAGUUCAUCUGAGUGAUAUUUCAUAUCAUUAUUUCAUAUUCUUCUCUUCAGUUCCUCUGACUUCUUUCAUUUCUUGACAACAUGAUCUCAGACAAGAGAUUCAGCUUUGAAUUUAGGCUAAGCCAAUCUCUUAAUCUCACACAGACAUCCCUAAUCGAAUUCUGCCUGUUUAGAAUAAAGUUUAUUUUUACAGAAUUAGAUGUUUCUCACUAGAAAAUAUAAUUUUAUGCGAUAGUGUCUGAUCAGGGACAUGAUCAUCAGCUCCAGAUGCGUGCUGGGUGUGCAGAAGCCGAUUGAAACAGUGAAACGGCUAUCCUGGAAUAAGCCUUUGUUGCAUUCGUGCGUCUGCACGUGUAAGCACGGAUUAUCCUCUUUGCCCCGGGCAGCAGAGGAGUCCUGGAGAUAAAGAUCUGAUCAAAAAUCAUUUAUAGAAAUGUUUAGGUUGUUAUUAUUAUUAUUAUCACACUUUACUGAAAAAGAAACUCAAAAAGUUGCUUCAUUCUCUUAAAAUGUCAGUGUUGGCCCACAGAAAGAGCAUGCAUUGUUUUCUUUCUUUUUGUAUUUAGUGAUCUGAAGUUCUGCUGUGAUAUUCAGCUGAAUGUGGCACACUGGGUCCCUCUGCUGUCUUCAGCGGGAAUUUGUUAGUGCUGACGUGCAGAAUGAAGCAGAAGACAACCAGAAACUCGUUAACUCAUGUGAACCCAGUAAUGGAUGUCAGAAACCUGCAGAAAUGUAAGAUUUUUCUUGUUAAUUGAUGUUGAUUGAUGAACCGGAAUUGGCCAAAAUCACUAUCAAAGCUUUAGAAAAAUUGGAAAUCGGUAUUGGCCUUCAAAAGUAGAAUCGGGGCAUUUUUUGCUUGAUUUUUUUGCAGCUUUAACUGUGUUUUAGGAGAUUAACGAGGGAAAGUGAACGAUUAUUUACGUCUAUAUUUUUACUGUCACUUUAAAAUCAAUAAGCUCCAACAUAUGAGAAAAUAUUUAGCCAAAUGGAAGUCCUUUAUUUACAGAUAGUUAUAAAAGAUGCAGAUGGGGUCAUUUUUAAUACUUAGUUUGGUUUAAAUCAUUCCAAAUGCAUGUUGUGUUGUCUGUGGAACAAGUGUGACAUGUGAAACCAGAGGCGGACCAUCUGAAUCUCCACCCCUCCUCCUCCUGCUGGCUGGCAGGAUAUGUGUGUGUGUGAGAGAGGGAGAAAGUGUGUGUGUGUGUGUGGCUGUGCAGUGACAGCUCAAUGAGCAGCUGAGGCCCUCGGCUGCAGCGGAAUGGACUCCCUUAACUUCCACCGGGAUGUUUUCUGACUCUUAGUGCUGCCGAAUCUGUUUUAGCUGAUUCUGUGUGUGUGUAUGUGUGUGUGUGUGUGUGUGUGUGUGUGUGUGUGUGUGUGCGUGCGUGCGUGCGCUGUGGGCAUGCAUGCAGCUGCAAAACAAUGGCUCUGAAUCGAAUGUCUCAACUGUGCCAUGAUAUCACCAGGCUGUGGCUGCAGCUGAAGAUGAGAACAGAUGACAUCCUGCAGAAGGAGGACGGCCCUCUGUGUGCGGCUGAAAUUGGCUCCGAGCUCCAGAAACAGUUUGCCAUCCUGCCAGGCGGCCGCGGGAUGAAUGGCAGUCCUAUCAUUGUCCUCCCAGAGUUCCCAGCGUUUGGCGAGGUGGGAGAAGAGGAGGUCCAAAAUGUGCUCCGCUACCUCACAAGCAUCCCCAGCGCCACAGCAUCAGGACUGGGCUUCAUCCUGAUCGUCGACAGGCGGCUGGACCGAUGGGCUGCCGUCAGAGCCACCCUGCUCCGCAUCGCAGGUUUAUUCCCAGGGAACUUGCACUUGGUUCUGGUGUUGCGUCCCGCUACUCUGUUCCAGCGGGCUCUCUCGGACUUCCUGUUCAAGUUCAACAAGGAUGAGUUCAAAAUGAAGGUGGUGAUGCUGAGUUCGGUGACAGAGCUCCAUGCUUACAUCGACCCUGGACAGCUGACCACAGACCUUGGAGGCACUCAAGACUAUCACCACGAAAGCUGGAUCUCACAUCGCACGGCCAUUGAGGCAUUUGCCCUAAUGGUAAAAACCACAGCUCAGACCCUGCAAGCGUUUGGAACCGAACUCGCCGAGACAGAGUUGCCCAACGACGACGAGGCCACCACCAACCUGCUGCACACACACACCCAGAAGAAAGACAAAAUGACAGAGGACCUGCAGGUGGCGCUGUCUCAGGGAAAACAACUGCUGGCGUACAUAAAUGAACCCCUGGACACGGAUCCUGAGUACAGCAUGACGCAGGAUGAAAUGGAGAACUUAGCAACUAUACAGAGACUUCUAGGUCAGCUGGAUGAAACAGAAGCAGCGUUUGAUGACUUUUGGGAGCGUCACAGCACCAAACUGGAGCAGUGCCUGCAGCUACGCCACUUUGAAAAGCACUUCCGUGAAGUGCGCGGCCAGCUUGACACAACGCUGGAGCGGUUGUCGGGCUUUUCUGAAGUCAGCAUAAGCCCCGCCCACGCCGAGUACAUCCUCAGAGAGCUCAGCAGCCACGAGGGCAAGGCUUGUGACCUGCUGGACCUCGCCCUGUCUCUGGCCAGUGAAGGAGACAGGCUGAUUGAAAACUGCCAUUACGCCGAGGACUCCAUCAGGCCGAAGUGCGGCGAGCUGAGAGGAGUGUGUGAGGAGAUCAGCUCUACUCUGAGGAGCAAGAAGAGCCUCCUGCUCAGGGCUUUGGAGCUGCACCAGGCUCUGGAGAAGGCAUCUCGGUGGUGUGAGGAUGGUAUCUUCCUGGUGGCAAACCAGCCAGUGGACCGCUGUCAGUCUCAGGAUGGAGCUGAAGCGGCUCUGCAGGAGCUGGAGCGAUACCUGGAUACCGCAUCCCUACACACGCUCUCAGACCGCAGCACCAUCUGCUGUCAGUUUGAGGCAGUGCUCAACCCUCAGCUGCUGGACCAGAUAGACAAAGUUUUCCAGAAGCAAACCUCUGUUCGGGAGACGUUCGAGAAGAGACGAGUCAGCCUGAAGAAGCUCGCUGCCAAACAGACCAGACCUGUCCAGCCUGUAGCACCGAGACCUGAGGUCAAGUCUCCACUGUCCUCUCCAAGUCAAGAAAGAAAAGAGAGGAGACACUCUGCAGACAGCCUUCUCUGCAGAAAGGUCGAGUCUCAGUUAGCUAACGGAAACACGAGGCAUGCAUCUCUGUCAGAAGAAGAAGAAAACCUGGCGGUGCUUCGCCGUCAUGUGAUGAACGAGCUGCUGGAGACGGAGCGAGCGUACGUAGAAGAGCUUCUGUGUGUGCUGGAGGGCUAUGCAGCAGAGAUGGACAACCCCGCCAUGGCUCACCUCAUCCCCAUCACCCUGCACAGCAAGAAGGACAUCCUGUUUGGGAACAUGCCUGAAAUAUACCAGUUUCAUAAGAGAACGUUCCUAAAGGACCUCGAGGCGUUCACAGACUGCCCAGAGCUGGUGGGCCGCUGCUUUCUAGAACGGAUGAAGGACCUGCAGAUCUACGAGGCGUACUGCCAGAAUAAACCUCGCUCGGAGAUCUUGUGGAGGCAGUGCUCCGAUUGUGCCUUCUUUCAGGAGUGCCAGAAGAAGCUGGAACACAAACUGGGUCUGGACUCCUACCUCCUCAAACCUGUCCAGAGAAUCACCAAGUACCAGCUCCUUCUGAAAGAGCUGCUGAAGUACAGUAAAGGCUGUGAUGGCUGUGAGGACCUUCAGGAAGCGCUGUCCUCCAUCCUGGGAAUCCUGAAGGCUGUUAAUGACUCCAUGCACCUGAUUGCAAUCACAGGAUACGAGGGUAAUUUGUCAGAGCUGGGUCGCUUGCUGAUGCAGGGUUCCUUCAGCGUUUGGACGGAGCAUAAGAAAGGCCACGCUAAGGUGAAGGACCUGGCCAGGUUCAAGCCCAUGCAGAGGCACCUGUUCCUCCAUGAGAAGGCCCUGCUCUUCUGCAAGAGGAGGGAGGAGAACGGGGAAGGCUACGAGAAAGCUCCGUCUUACAGCUUCAAACACUCCCUCAGUAUGAGCGCCGUCGGCAUCACGGAGAACGCCAAAGGAGACAACAAGAAGUUUGAGAUUUGGUGCAACUCCAGAGAGGAAGUCUUUAUCGUUCAGGCUCCGACGCCUGAGAUUAAAACACUGUGGGUGAAUGAGAUCCGUAAAGUUCUGACUCAGCAGCUCAAAGCCUGCAGAGAUGCCAGCCAACAGAAAAGCUUCGACUCGGUUUCUCCAAGUCCCACCAGCAACAACACCUCCAUCCCCCUCAGCCCUUUCAGAAGCAGCAACCAGAAGAACCAGAAGAAGCAAGAGGAGAGGAAGGCAGAGUCCAGCUUAGCCUCUGACUUCAAUUCCUGUUCGUCUCCGAAACACAAAGACGACGCCGUGACCAGCCCGACCACUGACAGGUCCUCAGUGGCUAAAAAGCGUUUUACUUUGCAGGGUUUCAGCAAUCUAAAGAGUCCCAAAGGCUCAGCUCUGAGCCCCGAGCACAACUCCAAACGCCACUUGGUCAAAAGUGACCCCACUCCUUUUGGGUUCAAAGGAUGGAGCAAAGCGUCUCUGUCGGUGGAUUCAGUCGACGCCUCGGAGGAGAACGAUGGCUACUCCAGCGGCGAGGACCCCAUGAACUCUGACACGGAGGACGAGGUCGCGAGGAAGCUGGCUCCGGGAAAGUACACGGUGGUGGCAGACUGUGAGAAGGCGGGUCCUCAGGAGCUGUCUGUCAAGAGUGGAGACGUGGUCCAGCUGAUCAGAGAGGGAGAGGAGGGACAGUGGUUUGUGAAGAACCUCCGCAGCAGUAACGAGGGCUGGGUGGCAGCUGCAAACCUCCUCAGCCUCAUCUCCGAGUCCAAGUCCUCACAAUCCCUCAGCAGCUCAGAUGGCAGCGUCUCCGGGAACCUCAGCACGUCCUCCAGCUGCAGCGAGACCUACACCAGCUUCUCCGACAUCAAACCCUGAGCUGAGGUCACCGUCCCGCCUUUUUAACCUGGAGCAAUCAGGAAAACAAAACCAGUGUUUGGAUUUUUAUCUCAUCACCUCCUGUCAAACUGGCGCAUGGUCUUCGUUUACUGAACAGGUGUUCAGCGCCAUGUUGUGAUUAUGUAGCAUCUAAAACGGACGGUUAGAAGAUCUGCACCGCUGGAGGCCAGCCGGUUCCCGUCAGGCCGAGGACAUGGCGGCACGGUGGCAGAUUUUCCUCUGGAGCUUGCAUAGAUACUCUAAAAUAGGCAAUUCACGUGAUGUAACAGCUUUAGUGUCAGACGCUGAUCACUCACUGUGAAAAGUGGCAGGUGGCCGCAACUAGAACAAUGCUGUCAAGCGUGUCCUGGAGCGGGGCCGCACACCUUGCACUUAAUAAAAACGGCAGCUUGGACAUCUUUUGAAGCUCCUGAGAAAGUAAAAAAAUAGGAGUUUGCCUCUGAAUUGCAUUAACCUCUCAGGAAACCCCAGAAGAUAUGCGGGCAAGCAGGUGUGACUGCAUACCUGCAUGUGUCGACUAAAGGUGCACACAUUCCUCUGUGUGUGUGUGUGUGUGUGUGUGUGUGUGUGUGUGUGUGUGUGUGUGUGUGUGUGUGUGUGUGUGUGUGUGUGUGUGUGUGUGUGUGUGUGUGUGUGUGUGUGAUUUAGGAAACAGAAAAAAAUAGCAUCACAAAGUCGCCGAAGUAAAAGAACAUGUCAGCUUUUGUUGUGCGGGAGCUCCUCUGAUUGGGUCGUGGAUCUCAGUAUUCUCCCUGUUUGUUUUUCUGUCUUUGUCCCCACCUGUACUUGCACAAAGAAAGCUUUGUCCUCCUUUUUUUUUUUUUUUUUUUUUUUUUUUUCUUUUUUGCUCCCAGCCCCAUUCAGGCAUGUGACAGCAGCCAGGUUUUUUUUUUCCUAUACCGACCAGGGCCUAGACCUGCCUCUCCACAGUCUUUACGCCUAAAUCAUGGGCUGGCUCAGCUGGAAUGUAGCUGAUCAUAGUCGAGUAUCAGAAAUGCAAUAAAAGUCUGACUAUUCCUCGUGGGAAUUUGACACACACACAGAUAAACACUGAAUUUAUAUUCCUCCUGUAUGCACAAGGCGCUGUAAACUACAUUCUUCCCUUUCUUUUUAGUAGCAGGACUAUGCUGAACCUCUCCCGUUUAUCAGACCUUGACUUUGCUCCUGCUCAUGAAGACAAAGGAAGACUCUAGUUUACAGGCCUUAUGUUGGAUCAGUGUAACACGUGUAUAGGUGUCACCUGUAUACCUCAUGCUGUUUUUACUCAAAAGAACCUGCAUCGUGUCUGUUUGUCCCACAUUUUAAACCUCCAGAACAAUAAAGAUGUCUUUUUUUUUAUUAUGAAACUUUAUUUUCCUGCCCUUUAAAAAAAGAAAAGCUGACACGGGCACUAAACUUGUCAGAGUUGGAUCACAAUCACAUAAUAACUGAAUAUUUAGUAUUUUUUGACACUGAGGCUGAAGAGACGCGAGAGGGUUCUAUUUUUUAAGUUUCUGUUUAUGCAGCACAUUGCAGCAACCACUGUUUAUUUUCUUACUGUAUAUCUUCUGAGUAUGGUGGUGAAAUAAAAAUGUAAUUAUGAGACUUAUCUGUAUAUUUGUACAUAUGUAUUCUGACUUGAAAUGAAAGCAGCUUUAAUAAAGAUGGUUUCCUCUA